AUGGCGGGAGCAAUGAGCAAUGCAAAGCGCGAUAUGCGCAAGAUCCGCGAUGAGGACCGCGAGAGCCAGUAUGGCAGUGUGUUUGGUGUAUCGGGUCCUGUCGUGAUUGCCGAGAACAUGAUUGGAUCCAGCAUGUACGAGCUUGUGCGUGUUGGACAUGAAGAGCUGGUGGGUGAAAUCAUUCGUAUCGAGAACGACAAAGCGACCAUCCAGGUGUAUGAAGAAACAAGUGGUGUCUGUGUUGGCGAUCCUGUGCUGCGGUCCGGCAAACCCCUGAGCGUUGAGCUGGGCCCCGGUCUGAUGGAGAACAUUUACGAUGGUAUUCAGCGGCCUCUGCAGGGCAUCCGAGAAAAGAGCCAGAGCAUCUAUAUUCCGCGCGGCAUUGAUGCACCUGCGCUUGACCGAACGAAGCAAUGGGAAUUCACACCUGGCAAGUUCAAGAAGGGUGACCACGUUAGCGGUGGUGAUGUGUUUGGUUCUGUGCAUGAAAACUCACUUGUGACGGAGCAUCGACUCAUGCUCCCGCCGCGUGCUCGCGGCACCAUCACGUAUAUUGCCGAAAAGGGCACAUACACAGUCGACGAUAUUGUCCUUGAAACCGAAUUCCAGGGCGAGAAACAGGAGCACAAGAUGAUGCACUCAUGGCCAGUGCGUGCGCCGCGCCCUGUCACAGAGAAGCUCGUCGCUGACACACCUCUGCUGACCGGCCAACGUAUAUUGGACUCGCUAUUCCCCUGUAUCCAGGGAGGCACCACGGCUAUUCCAGGCGCAUUUGGAUGUGGUAAGACAGUGAUUUCUCAGGCCCUGUCGAAGUUCUCCAACUCGGAUAUUAUUAUGUAUGUCGGCUGUGGCGAGCGAGGCAAUGAAAUGGCCGAAGUGCUGGAGGAGUUCCCAGAACUUACGCUCAUGCGGGAUGGCAAGGAGCAACCGAUUAUGCGCCGAACGACGCUCGUUGCCAAUACAUCGAACAUGCCUGUCGCUGCGCGUGAGGCGUCGAUUUACACUGGCAUCACGCUGUCGGAAUACUUCCGUGACCAGGGCACGAACGUGGCCAUGAUGGCCGACUCGACGUCUCGAUGGGCCGAGGCACUACGUGAGAUCAGUGGUCGUUUGGCUGAGAUGCCAGCUGACUCUGGCUACCCGGCGUACCUGGGUGGCCGUCUCGCAAGCUUCUAUGAACGAGCUGGCAAAGUCGUGGCGCUCGGUUCACCAGAGCGUGUGGGCUCGGUGAGUAUUGUGGGUGCUGUGUCGCCACCAGGAGGUGACUUUUCCGACCCUGUCACGACAGCGACGCUGGGUAUUGUCGGUGCUUUCUGGGGUCUUGAUAAGAAACUCGCGCAGCGUAAACACUUCCCAUCCGUCAACUGGGAUGUCUCGUACUCGAAGUACUCCCAAAUGCUGGAGCCGUAUUAUGAGAAGAAUGCACCGGGCUUCUCGUCCUUGCGUAUGUCGGCCCGUGAGCUCCUACAGAAAGACUCGGACCUUGCCGAAAUUGUGCAACUUGUUGGUAAGAGCUCACUUGGUGAGAAUGACAAGGUUACACUGGAGGUCGCUCGCAUUAUCAAAGAUGACUACCUUCAGCAGAAUGGUAUUUCCGAAUACGACUGCUAUUGUCCCUUCUACAAGACGUCUGCGAUGCUAAAGAACAUGGUGCAGUACCAUGAGAAGGCACAGGCAGCCAUCAACAACAACCCCGAGAUCACAUGGGCCCGUAUUCGUGAGCACACGUCGGACAUUCUGUACCGCCUUACGCAGCAGAAAUUCGAAGACCCGAAGGAGGGCGAGGAGACGAUGCUGAAGAAGUUUGAGCAGCUAGCGUCGGACAUGACGGAAAGCUUCCGCAGUCUGGCGGACUAG